GGAACGGCGAUUAAAGCGUAGGAACAGACCUGACAUCAGCACGGAGGAAAGCCGGUGUAAGAAGGUGCAACGACAGGAAGAAAGAAGACAGAGCGAGAUGGUGAGCGCAGCGCUCACGUCCGAGGAGCCCGUGUUCCCGCGGCUGGCGUCGAGCUGGGUCAAGCGCUUCGUGUUCCUGGGCACCGGGACGAGCGGCCAGGUUCCCGCCAUUGGCUGUCUGCUUCCCGCCCCGUCCGCUUCCUCCUCGCAAAGCAACAACGACGGCUGCCGUGCGUGCCACGACGCCGUAGUGCCCGGGAGCAAGAAUCGACGCGGGUGCUGCAGCCUCGCCAUCGUCGGCGGCGGCCCGCGGCCCCAGGACGAGAGCCUGAUCCUCAUCGACUGCGGCCCGACGUUUUACUCGUCGGCCAUUUCGCACUUUCAACGCAAUGGCCUUCGCCGCAUCGAUGCGGUCCUCCUGACGCACGCGCAUGCCGAUGCGAUCCUCGGCUUGGACAAUCUGCGCGCAUGGACGAUGGGCGGCGAUAUCCAGAGCCACGUCGACAUCUACUGCACCCAGACGUGCUUCGAGACCGUCGAGGCCACCUUUCCGUACCUCGUCAAUGGCAAGAAGGCGACGGGCGGAGGCGCUGUGGGAGAGUUGCGCUUCCACAUCAUCGACGCCCACCGCCCCUUCCAGCUGCCGGUGCAUGGCGGCAGCGGCAGCGGCAGCGGCAGUCGCGCGCCCAUCGAGGUGGUGCCCCUGCCCAUGUUCCACGGCCCACACGGGGGUCCAAAUGGCGCGCCGUUCGAGUGCCUCGGCUUCCGCGUCGACACGCUAAGCUACCUCUCGGACACGCACGCCGUGCCGGCCUCGACGAGCCAGCGCGUCGCUGGCUCCGACGUCGUCAUCAUCGACGCCCUCAACCCGUACCGCCACCUCUCGCACUUUAGCCUCCAGCAGGCCCUCUCUUUUGUCCUCUCGCUCCCUGCACCAGCAACAACAACGAAGACGGCAACAGCGGCGCUGCGGCAACAGCCAGGGUCAGGGCGACCCGGCUUGCCGAAGCUGGCGCUCUUGACGGACCUCACGCACAAUCUCGAGCACCACAGCACCGAGCGUGAGCUUCGACGGUGGAACAAGGAGAUGCAGAGACGAUGUCGCAAUCUUGGCCAAGGAGCGACGACUUCGUCAGACGGGUCAUCGGUCGCAUCGGCCAAUGGCCACCUGGCAGAGACCAACGGAGCCGCUUCUGCUGCUGCUGCACUUGGAGAGGGCGGCGGUCCGAGAUGGUGGAGUGCCAUCUGGGACGAGCACGAGAGCGAGCGCCUGUCCGGACGACGAUCGCUGCGCCUUGUCGAUGCCUUUACAAAAGAGCCGGGCCCCCUACAACAACGACAACAGCAGCAGCAGCAGCAGCAGCAGCAGCAAAUACAAGGUCUCUCGCUGAGCGACGACGACAGCGGCCUGCAGCUUCCGCAAUUCCAUGUCGCCUGGGACGGGCUCGCCAUCGAGAUGGGCCGUCCAGACACCUAGUUCUAACCCUAUAGCCGCCUCUUAGACAACCACAUCUCGCUACCCGUGUCAUUAUUAGACGGGCACUUCUAGACUUGAGCCGUAGACGGACCUCAAUCAAUCCCUGCCUUAAUCGCCUGUUCAUGCAAGCUUCCCCUUCUAUUGCUUAGACAAGAACAGAUGCUGUAUACCAAUGCGAGCAGGCCAGAGAGGGAAGAGUCGAUCAGAGGGCGGUUCUAGGAGGUCAUGAAUAGAGAGCUGCAAUCCAUUAACGAGAAGGGCAAA